AUGUCUAGUCAGAACAGUGCUCAGGACUCAAAGAACGACAACACCUCUGCACCAAGCGGUUCUGGUGGCCCACCUAGCAAGAGUGCUAUUCAACAGAAACAGAUACAGGAGCUAACAGCCCGGUUCAAGCAACUGGUGACAGAGGCCAAGAAAGUUGGUGAAACCACUCCAAGAGGUAAAGAACUUUUACUCCAAGCUGCUAAAUUGAAGGCUGUAUAUGAAAACUACACAAGGAGACAACAAGCGUUAGCCAGAGCGCAACAACUGCAACAACAAGGUUCCAAUACCAAUGCCGCCGCAUCUUCUGGUUCUAGCACAACAGGUACCACUGGAACUGCGAACUCAAGUGGUAGCGCCUCUACAUCGGGUAAUAAUAGUAGUAACAGCAGCGCACAAUUGGCUAAUAUCAUUAAACAAGUACUUACACCAGAACAAAACCAGCAAUACGAACAACUACUGCAAAAUUUCCAAGUCAGAGCAAGCGCAAUAAAGGACAAACACACUUUCAUUAAGCAAAACAUUGACCGGCUGGUAGUUGAAAUUAACAAACAAACGGAUGAGGAAGCCAAAAAACAAUUAAACGAAAAGAAAACUGAACUGCUGAGAAAUAUUAAGGCAAUCAGAUUGGAACACCAAGCUCUACAACAAGAAUUACAAAAUGGUAAAAAGAAUUUUUAUCUAGAAUGCGCAAGACAAAAUCCGGCUUUACAACGUUUAUUACAGAGAAGCACCCAACAACAGAGAAUGAUGCAACAGAAGAAACAACCACAACCAGCUCAGCCUCAAGUUCAGUCACAAGCUAUGCCAGGAGCACAAUCACAAGCCAAUGCUAACGGACAAGCAGCCAUACCCCAAAGUGUUGGUGAAGCACCACCUACUAAUAUGGGACAGCAGCAGAUGCCUACAACUGCAACUGGUGCGAAUAUAAGCACUCCUUCAGGUCAACAACCUGUGCAAGGUAACACACAAGAUCCAAAAACACAGAUAAAAACUGAAGUUGGCACACCAGCGCCUGGGUCUCAAAAGGGUGGAAGACCUGCACAACCACAACAAACGCCAUCUGGCAGAGGCCAAACAGCAAGUCAACAAUCACCUGUCACAGGUGUCAAUGCUGCAGCUUCAUCAGCAGGCUCUAGCACAGUGACAAAAUCAUCAAUUUUCAAGCCUUCAGACCCUACAGUACCCAUUGCUGAUACUGUGUCAGUCAAACCACCUGAGCCUAUAGCAUUCAGAUCAAACAGACCAACGAUAUCAGAUGGUUCGGCCAUGAAUGCUGCUGCUCUUAAUACUCCUGUUAUGACAACCCUACCGCCAUAUGAGAUUGAUACGGACAGAGUGAUGUCGAAGCGUAAGCUACGGGAAUUGGUGAAGUCUAUCGGCAUUGACGAAGGUGAUGGUGAGACAGUGAUAGAUGGUGACGUUGAAGAGCUAUUACUUGACCUCGCUGAUGACUUUGUUACCAAUGUGACUGGAUUCGCAUGCAGAUUAGCCAAGCACAGAAAGUCAGAUAACCUGGAGCCAACAGAUAUACAACUUCACUUAGAAAGAAACUGGAACAUUAGAAUUCCGGGAUACUCUGCAGAUGAGAUCAGAAGUGUACAUAAGUGGAAUGCUUCACCGGCAUAUGCUCAAAAACUGACCAGCAUAAAUGCUGACAAGCAGGCAAUCUCCACAGCAUCUGCAAACGCUGUAUCCAACAAGAAGAAGCCGGCAAACUUUCAAAAAUGA